AUGGCAGAAGCGCAUAAUCCCACUGUUCCUCUCUCCCUCUCCUUCCUCCUCGUCACCUGCAUUUCUGGCUUUUUAUUCCUUACCGAAGCAACCAACCAUGGCUUUAGUGUAGAACUAAUCCACCGAGACUCUGCAAAAUCUCCACUCUAUACUGAAUCAUCACACGUGCAGAAACUUCACAGCUCUUUCCUUCACUCCAUCAAACGAGCCAAUUACUUCUACCCUAAUACUGAAACCGUUGAAGCCGAGGAAGAUUUACCAGAAUCUGAAGUAAUCCCUAUUACAGGAGAAUUCAUCAUGGCCUAUUCCUUACGAACACCACCUUUCAAAAUCUUUGGAAUAGCAGACACAGGCAGUGACCUUGUUUGGUCACAGUUUUUACCUUGUCGUAAUUGCCAUAACCAAACCGCCCCCUUAUUCGAUCGUUCUAAAUCCUCAACCUUCAAAAACAUCUCUUGCUUCGACCAAAAAUUUACAUCUAUAGUUCCCCGUGAGGUCCAGACAUGUUGUGAGGAUGGAACAAAACUUUGUCAGUACGACGUGCAGUACGCGGAUCACUCAGUUUCAAUCGGAAACAUCACAUCAGACACACUGACACUUGGCUCCACCAGUGGUCGCCAAGUGGCGUUUCCUAACAUUGUGGUUGGUUGUGGUUAUAUUGAUGGUCCAUUUAGUGAACAAACUUCUGGGAUUGUUGGUCUCGGAGGAGGUUCGAUUUCUUUGGUUUCUCAGAUAAGUUCUUCCAUUGAUGGUAAAUUCUCAUACUGCUUGGCCCCAUUGUCGAGUAAUCGAACGACCAAGUUGAAUUUUGGAGCAAACGGUGUCGUUUCUGGAGCAGGGACUGUUUUUACUCCAAUGUUUUGGAAAGAUCCAGCGGCUUUCUGUUACUUUACGUUGGAAGCAAUUAGUGUUGGAGACAAAAGGAUAGCCUUUACAUCAUCAGGUGCAGAUGAUAGGUUAAGUACACUUAACAGCUUCACUAAAGUUUCUGGGGAUGUGUUUUGUUUUGCUUUCCGCUCAUUUUCACGUGGUGCUGUGUUUGGGAACAUCGCACAGAUGAACUUCUUGGUGGGUCAUGAUAUUCAGAAGAAGUUGGUUUCCUUCAAGCCACUGGAUUGCAGCAAGCUUUGA